UUAACCACCUGACGAAACUAAACAUGAAACCAGAAACGAAAGUGAAAUCUGGCGUGUCCUGUUGAUAGGACUCGGGAACUUUCCCUUUACUCAUACUACACCAACAUCCAUGGAGCGUCUACGAUUCCAAACAGAAGCUGUUAUUCAGAUAUUAUGAUGCGCAAUAGACAAAGGGGAUCCAAUCUUGGCCUGCUCCUACUGGCCUGUCAGGUUUUCCAGCUGGGAAUCGACAACAUCCCACCUGUCACUCUUGCAGCGCUGGGUCUGAACGUCUAUUUGUUCCUGUUUCCUGCCAAACCCCUCCUACAGACGUGUUUGAGUGUUCAAGAGGCAUACUGGCACAGAGACUGGAGUCGUCUGCUGCUGUCACCGUUUCACCAUGUUGACGACAUGCACUUAUACUUCAACAUGGCCUCUCUCCUUUGGAAGGGCAUUCAGCUGGAGAGGAAACUGGGAGGCGCCUGGUUUGCGUAUCUGCUGUCUGUCUUCUCUCUACUCACCGGAUUGGUGUACCUGCUCCUGGAGACAGGACUGACACACAUGACAGAAGACUCCUCAUAUAGUUUACAGUGUGCAGUGGGCUUCUCGGGUGUUCUGUUUGGGCUGAAGGUGGUGAAUAAUCAUUAUCAUCCAGGAGGGGCCACAUACAUCAUGGGGCUGCUCAUUGCUAAUCGCUACGCCUGCUGGGUAGAGUUGGUCCUCAUCCAUAUCAUGAACCCUGGGACGUCAUUUGUCGGACACCUGGCUGGGAUUCUGGUUGGUCUGCUCUACACUAAUGGACCACUAAAGACUCUCAUGAAAACCUUUGCAGGCUUUAUGGCCUCUGAUGGACAUUAUGGAAGGCAACAAACAUACUUCAACUCAUCAGGAUACAGUGGAUAUGGCAUGCCGUAUCCUCCGAACCCCCAUUAUGAACAGCAGUCAUUUAUUCACAGGCAGUAUGGCGCCCACUACAGGGAGCCAUAUGACACAGCAAUGCCCUCUGCACCAUCCCAGCAUCCCUAUACAGCAGGACUGUCAGAAGAGGAACAGUAUGCAGCAGCUGUCAGAGCCAGCCUGAACGACAGAGGUAUUCCUAUUCAUGGGACAUAUACCCAGUCUAACCCAACUCCUGAAGAGAUCCGCUGGCGACGACUUCAUAGAUUUAGACAGCUGAACAAUUGAAGAACGUAACACAUAAUGAUAAUACUACUAGAUUGUUCACAUCAAAGAGAGCACUAAACAGCCAAUUCAAGCUAGCGGAGAAGAUUCUGUGGACUGGAUGUGUCACCUAAUAUAUUUUAUGAUGUCACCAGUGUGAGGUUUCAAAGACUGUUGGCUGUAUUUCUCAUUGCACACGUUUGUAUGCACAUUUGUUCUUGCUGUAAAUGCUUCUCUUUGCAUUAACGUCAAAAGUUGAACAUUUAUAAAUUGAAUAUCCAUGAACAAUGGUUGUGGAUGUGCCUUUAUGUGUGACCUAUACUUUGUUUCUUAAGUAUAUUGUUGUAAAUAAACAUAAAUCAUUCUUA